AAACUUGUUGUGAAGUCACUUUAGUGAGACUGAGGGCAACCGUGGACUAAACACCUCUCACGAGCAAAACAAAGGACUGAACUUUAAGACUUGUGAAUGACUACAUGCGUACCCGACUCUGGCGAGUCCAAAUGUAUCCUACUCCGACACGCGCUUUGGAGAUGAUGGAGACGCGUAACGGCGCGUGAAACGUCUAUGUGGAAGGUAUCAUCGUGGGAUCUUUGACAUCGAUUGAGAAAGUCAAGGUUUCGUACAAUGCGUCUUGAACGCAUGAUUUGAUUUGGACAUCAACCUGCGUGUGAAAAAAAACACUCUGUGAAGAUGAACGAAACGAGCACGAGUCGAGGCAAAGGUUAUGACCCCACCAUCCCGGUCAUUAUGUUCAUAUUUGGUGUGGUCGGGAACGUGAUUGCUAUCGUAGUGCUUCGAAAGUCGCGAAAAGAGCAAAAAGAGACCACUUUUUACACCCUGGUGUGUGGACUUGCCGUGACUGACCUCUUGGGAACUCUCCUCGCGAGCCCAGUCACCAUUGCCACCUAUGUGAAGGGAGAUUGGCCCGGCGGGAAACCUCUGUGUCAGUAUUCCGGCUUCAUUUUACUCUUCUUCUCCUUGGCAGGUCUCAGUAUUAUCUGUGCCAUGUCCGUCGAGAGGUACCUCGCCAUCAAUCACGCUUAUUUUUACAACCACUACGUGGACCAACGGGUGGCAGGCUUGGCUCUGGCGGUGAUCUAUGUGUCCAAUGCACUCUUCUGCGCUCUUCCGAGCAUGGGACUGGGAUCCGUGGUGCAACAGCAUCCAGGAACCUGGUGUUUCAUUGACUGGCAUAGCAACGAUAGCACGAACGCCACUUUCUCUUACAUGUACGCGGGCUUCAGCUCCAUCCUCAUCCUCGCUACGGUCCUCUGUAACGUGCUGGUGUGCGCGGCUCUCAUCUUGAUGCACAAGCGCUUCGUCCGCAGGACCUCGCUGGGGACGGACCAGGCGCGAGUCGCGGAGAUCAGGCGCAGGAGGAGUUUCGCGCGUCUGGCCGGCGCGGAGAUCCAGAUGGUCAUCCUUCUCAUAGCCACGUCCAUUGUCGUUCUCAUCUGCUCGAUUCCUUUAGUGGUGCGGGUGUUUGUGAACGAGCUGUAUAAUUCUACAGUAAUGACUGAAGAAAAGCCGAACCCAGACCUUCAGGCCAUUCGAAUUGCCUCUGUUAACCCCAUUCUAGACCCCUGGAUCUACAUUCUGCUGAGAAAGACAGUCGUGCAGAAGAUUCUGGAAAAGAUCAAGUGCCUCUUCUGCAGGAUCGGUGGGAGGAGACAUGGGAAUAGCCCUACGGAGUUCCACUGUGGGAACGGCGUCCACAGCUCAUCGGUCAUGUCUCGUGAUUUUCCGUCGCUAGCGUUGCCCGAGCUGCCAGAGGUGAUCAGCACAUCACAGAUGUACCUGUAUCCCAUGGAGGUGGGACAGGAAAUGGGCUGCUGCGGUGGCUCUGUGCAGAGCAGGACGUGUUCUACUUCAACCGAGCAAACCCUUCUGCGGGACUCUCAGGUGGUAGAGCUCAGCAGUGGAGAAAACGGGAUGGAAACGGGCACGGACUCACAUUCAUGCACGCACUCCAACACAAAUGAAUCCCAGUGUUCCAAGCACCAGCUGCUGCAGGUGACCUUUACAGAUGAGACUUUAAGCUUACAAGAAAGAAGCAUAUGAUGCAUGCUGAAAAACUUGCUUAGUUCAGCAGAACGAUGUGUCGGGAGGUGAAAAACAUUUCAAGAGCUUGAUGUGAGUGUUGUGAAUAGAAUCAGAACUUCUCAGAGCAAAAAAUGAAAUAAAGAAUUCCUAAAAACUCAUGAGACUGAAGAGAAAAGUUUAAGAGAAAGACUAACCAAAGGACUAAACUUGGUGCAAGAAAGUGAAAAAAAGUGCUUACUAAAGUAGGAAAAACAAUGUUGCUAUAUAU